AUGGAACGGAAAAAUGCUUGGGAUGCGCUCAUUGUUGCAAUUGAUGAUAAAGUCGUUUUGAAGGUGUGGAAACAGUUUGCCUUUAACAAAGAUAUCAUCAAUAAUACAGAAACGUCACCACCUGCUGGCCCUCAAUGUUACAACUGUCCCAAGUUGACAACCUCGUUUAAGUAUCCAUUUGUUCACUUCUUUGAAAAAAUUGCCAGUCUGAAAAACUUGUUUCUGAAAAAUUUGAGAUCCUGCAAAGCAGAUUUCUUCAUAGAUGAUGACGACAACAAUGAUGAUGAUGAUGAUAUGAUCAAAAUGAUUAAAUCUGAAAUGUGCAAACGUUUCAAAGGAAUAAUCGAGUCAGUUGCUGCAGACCUCUUUGUGGGUGAUUUUGAAGAUUCAGUGAUGGAGGAUUACUUCACAGAUUACUGUAAAUAUCUUGCUUCUGUAAGAAAAACACACAUGUCGCAUGAACAAAAACACCAAGUUAUCAUGUUGAUUUUGAAGCCAUUGAUAUCCUUGACUAAGGUUACAUUUGUUGAUGCAGUUACUGAAGUGCAUGUAAUCUACUGGAUACAUGAAUCGUAUCUCAUGUCUUCACUGAAUUUAGUGGAUGCCUGUCUCCAAGUGAUGGGUAUUCCCUUUGAAGCUAUCAUGCAAGCCUGCUUUUCAUCUGAUGUUGAGAAAGAGUGUUCUAAGACUGUGUUUGGUGGAAAUGUUACUGAAGAUGAAACUAGUUUGAACAUUGAUAUCUACAAAAGGGAUGAUAGUGCUUAUUCCAAAGACAUUUCUAUUCCAAAACACAGAUUGGUAAAUUAUUGUUGUACGUUGUUGGUGCCAUCACAAAAAAUGAGUUCCUCCUUCUGUGUUCAAAAGUGGCUAAGAAGUGUGAGUUUAGUUUUAUCUCUUUCUGGUGAAAUAUCUUUGGAACCCCAAAUCAUCCAGCAUCUGAGAAUCUGCAGUGAUUUUGCAGCAUUGAUCAUUAUCCCAUAUGGUAUUUCAAGUGAUACCCUGUUAGAACUCGGUGAAACCAUCGUAAUGCAAGGACCAGAUUCUGAACAGAUGUUGUGCUAUAUCUUUUCUCUUCUCUUUGACUUGAGACAGAGACUGGUGAAUGCUGAAAAUGAUCUACAACACUUUCUGGCAUGCUACUUAAGCUCUUGCCUUUCAGCUGAUCCCAAUUCUCAGAUUUUGACUCGAACAUUUCAGAAGCUGACGAACAAAAUAUUUGUGCCAAAGUUCAGCUUUUUUGGUCCAACUUUGCAUCAAGCUCUUUCUAUGGAGAUCGGUACUGGAAUAAAUAUGUUGAAUGAUGACCAAAUCGAUGAUAAUGAAUUCAUUCAAAGUUUGAAUGGUUUACUUGAUGCAGAUCUUGAUAGUGAAGAGAUUUCAGUUUUGGCAGCCCUUGUUGUCGAUGUGUUACAGCACUUUUUUCUCAAUGAAAUGAAAUUGUAUCUUGAAAAUAAUGACCAUAACAGCAUUGUGGUUAAAGAAACACUAAGGUGUCAUCAUACAGCAUUUGCUGAAGACAAAUUAGAUUUUAAAAGGUUGGCUGCUAUUGCUUUUCUCAAAACUAUCAUAAUAAGUUUUUCAGGUAUUUUAGCAAGCAGAAAUGUACAUUUGGAAUACAACUAUAAUUACUGGCAACAAAUAUGCAGUAUCUUUCGUUCUUAUGAAAAUUAUGAAAAAGGCUCUGACAAAAACAUUACAGAAGCAAUGCAAAACAUGCUGUUGCAAGCUCUUGUUAAGGGUGGAGGACUAAAAGCUUUUGAUGAAAUCAGACAGAUUUGUGGUAACAUGCUUGAAUUUCUUGAUGACUUUAACAUUGAUUUGGAAUACAGGAUACAGACAUUAGAACAAAACCCAAGUGCACAUAAUAAUCAAAAGGAAAAGGCAGCAUUCUAUUCACUUAAAACUAAUAAAAGAAACAUGUGUUCACUUUUGAAAUGUGCUUGUGAGAAGGAUGAUGGUUUGAUGAAGAUGUAUUCUUUUGUAAGUCAGCAAAUAUUUCUCUUGCAAGUUAUUCGUCCACUUACAGACACAGAAAAAUCUCUUUCAGAGAUGUUCAUAAAGUGUACUAAGGAGAGUUCACUUUCACAAGGAAAGAUCCAUCUUUUUGAAUGCUUAUGUGCUACAAAGGAUUUCAAUUUCCCACUGUUAUGUAUCAGUGCAUCAACAGACAAUCAAAAUUUCAGUAUUGCCUCUGUCCUAGUUCAUCUAUUCAGUAUCAUUACUGGAGAAGGAGCAAGUGAAACUAUUUCGUUGUUAAGCAAAUGUGUAUUCAAGCCUGCUCAACUGGAUCAUAAAUAUCUCUUUUCAUGCCCCGAUGAAGAUGUUGCAGAAACAACUAAAUCGGUCUUAUUAGAUACCAGCCAUGUUGUAAACCAUUUUGACUGUUCUUGCACCUUUGUAACUGCAGUCUGUGGUAGCAAUGAACAGGACAGAAAGUGUUCAGUAUGUGAGUCAGCGUUUUCAUUCUCUCAAAGAAGAAAUGUUAAAAUGAGUACCCAAAACAAUUGUGAUGCUAGUCUUGGCUAUACAUGCUUCAAAAAUGACAAGGUAAAGAAUUCUUUGAUUUCUUUAAGAAGACUUACACCUGUUGCUUUUCGACUGUUACAGUUUCUCAUACAUGGCUCUUUUAUUGGAUCACUGGCUUUACAGAACAGCACAAUUGAUGAUUUGGCUACAGUCUUAAAAUUGGACAAUGGAGCCCAAGUGAUUGAACAUUUAACUGAACAGUUACAAACUCACUGGAAAGUAUUGAAGACACUCACUCAGUUUGGUGAUUCUCAACUCUGCACAUUUUUGCAUGUUGUACUUAGUCAUCAAAAGAGAUUGCUUUUUGAAAAUCCAUCACAGUUUGUGAAUAAUGAGGAAAGGGAAAUAUUUGAAAGAAUGUUUGAUGAAAAUGUUGUCCACCUUAUGAAAGAGCGGUUUCAUCUCAUUCAGAAGAUAAUAAUAACGAAUUCUGAGACUCUGGGUGACAAUCCUGCUGUUGAUUUUGAGAAAACACUGAAUGAGAUUCCUGAUGACCACGGAGACUCCAAACAUCUGACAAGACUCUUCAGAAUAACAAGUCCACCAACAAUGGAAAAUAUGGAGAUAGAAUUUUUAAAUGCCAGAAUGGGAUCAUUGUACCCAUUUCUAGGGCUUUUGUUCAAAAAGAAAGUCUUGUUAGACAUGUUGUCUCAUCUGCUACCACUUGUUAAAUGGCAUGUUUGCAGUGUUCGGUAUUUGAGCCAGAAUAUAAAGAGAGCUAAAUGUUGUAAGGUCACCCUGGAAGAUUUCGUUUGUGAUUCAGAGAAAAGUUACAAAGACGAUGCCAGAAGAGCACUGCUGAGAACACAUACUACUUUCAAGGAGUCAUGGAACAGUUUAAAGAAACAGAUUCAAAUUCUGAAAACAUACAAUUCUGAUAUUGUUGAAAUGGAAAGGAUUCAGCAAGAGAGUAGUUUGGCUGAAUCACUUGUGAUGGAUGAUACGUCACCGCUGUUCCAGGUCAUGAAAGCUCUUCACAAUAUACAGAAUGAAUUCCUAGACGAUGCCACCAUAAUCACCCUGUGUAUGAAAUGCCAUUCUACCAGUUUUCUGAAGAAAAGUAACAAUACGACAGUGCUUCCAUGUAUAAAUCUUGAAGACAUAACUGAAAAAGAAAUUAUCUCUAAUCCUCUUGAUGAACAUUUGUUAAAGUUUUCUCAGUGCAACACAAACCCUGGUUGUGGACUUCAAAGAGAUUAUGAUUUCUAUCAGAUUGAGAUGCAAGUUGCAGACACAUGCUUGAUAAAUAAGACAUACUUAAAAAUAAGAUCAGACUUUCCCCAAAUACAUUUUUCAGGGGAAAUACUUCGAAUGUCAAGAAUUUUAUUUGAUAAUAUACGUAGCAGUGUGCCACAGAAAUCUCUGAAUAAAGAACUAAAACAAUCUGUACUGCAACUGAAAGAAGAGAAUUCAGGCAAUCUAAAAGGACUGUUAAACUAUCUGGAAAUGGCUUUCAACUUGCUGGCAAGAAAUCCGAUGAUACAAGAGAAUGAUGCUCAGAAUGUAUCACAGUUACUCAAGCAGUGGCAGCCUUUCAUACCAGUACAUAACCCAGCUGUAACUACCUUCUGCUCCAAAGUGCAACUUUGCAAUAUUAUUGGGCUGUAUGAAUUUGUUGAAGUAUUGAUGGCAGACAUUGUUGUUGAUUCACUUGAGGAUCAGUAUAGAAAACCAAUCCCAGAUGAACACACUGAUCAUUUGAGACGAGUAGCAGAGCAUUCAAAUGCUGAACAGCUGAAGACACUUAUCUUUGUUCUGAAAAGGUUUGCUUUCAGGUAUUUAUCCACUUCAUCUGUAGACGCUGGUGAAAUGUUACUACCUUAUCUGAAGGAUUCCACCCUGUGGCCUACAGGCAUUGUAGAUCAAGUGUCUGCUGGUGAUGCACACGUGGAUGCUGGAAUGUUGUCACCUCGCCUUGCUGUUGAACAUAUUGUGGAAGUCAUCGACCAAUUGAAGAAAGCAGUACAGGAAAAGAAAGAGAACGAAGAUAAAGCAAGUGCUGCUUUUCUAUCCUUGUCUACCAAACAGCCAAGCCAGAUCCAGAAAAAAAAAAUUGCUAAGAGUUUUAGGAAAAAAUGAUCAGAGUGAUCUCCCGAAAGUAGACUAACCAUUCCUGGAUGUCAUCAAAUAAAAGAGGCUGAUGGUAUCGCUGUCACAGUAGACUUACAGACAGCCCAAGUUUGGGAUUGCACAUAUGUACAUAUAUUGAUAAAAACUGAUGAUAUCACUCUUUGACAGAUACUUUGUACAGUUUGCACUUACAAUUUAAAAACAUAUAUGUAUUGCUGUAUCUUUGAUAAUUUUCCAAUUCACACAGUUUGCGGAUGAUUGUUUUUGUUCAUACCCCAAUGAAC